AUGUCUAUUCCGGAUGAGCAUAUCCAGCCACAUGCAACAGGGGCAGCCGCGAAAACUGUGGAACAGCAUCAGGAACCCCAAGAAGUUGUCUUCUACAGUGGAUGGGGCCUCGUCCCAGCUCUCGAAUACCGCGGUAAAGCACUCUACGAAUCUCUCGUUCUCUGCGAAUUCCUCGAAGAUCUCUACCCUUCCAAAGCUCCACACAUCCUCCCACAAGAUCCAUACGACCGCGCACACCGAGAAGCAAAACGAGGCUCGGAAGGACCUUACGAUGGCCUAGCCCAACUGUCGCAGAAACGCAAGGGGCCAUAUUUCCUGGGUGAAGAGUUGAGUUUGGUUGACGUUGCAAUUGCACCGUGGGCGGUGCGCGAUUAUAUCAUCGCGGAGAAUCGUGGGUAUAAGCGUACCGAAGUCUCGGAUGCUUGGAGCGAAUGGGCGAGUAUACUCGAGAAGAGGGAGAGUAUUUCGAAGACUACUAGUGACAAGGAGCACUAUGCAGAGAUUUAUGGACGCUACUUACGCAAUGAAGCACAGAGUGAGGCUGCCAAAGCUACAAGGGCAGGAAGAGUCAUUCCGUAA